AUGGAGUCAUCAGGGUCGCAGGACGGUGAGCCGAGGUUUUCUUCGCACAGUUCAACAGACAAAAGUCCAAGGCAACCCUUCUGCGAUUCUUCGGUGAGGCCAAUCUACGAAUCCCUUCGACCCACCUUCUCGAACGAAAUGAAAGGCGAUGUUGACUCUGCACUCAGCACCAUGGUACAAUAUCAACUUCUCAGAGAGGAUAUGGACUCGAUUUUCGAAAUUUCUACCUGGCCUGGACAGCCUAAUUGGAUGGCGAAUGUCGACUCUAAGGUGAAAGCGGCACUUACGAGGGCGAUGAAUAAAUCCACUCACCUGCUACCAUAUGCUACUGGAACUACUGUUUCAAAACGAAAAAGAGGCACAGGCAGCAUAGGCUUUGAGGAGGAGGCCGAACUCGAUUCUGAAACUCGAUUGCUAUUCACAACUGAUGGUGUUGAUGGAGAUAUUGAUCUUGAACCAGACUCCAUGCCGCAGGUCGGAAGUGAUUUUUAUCUAAACUCUUUAUUUGUCGAAGAUAUCUAG